AUGGGGACCUGGAUUUUGUUUGCCUGCCUCUUGGGAGCAGCCUUUGCCAUGCCUCUACCACCUCAUCCUGGGCACCCUGGUUAUAUCAACUUCAGCUAUGAGAAGUCACAUUCUCAGGCUAUCAAUAUUGACAGGACUGCAUUAGUGCUUACCCCCUUGAAGUGGUACCAGAGCAUGAUAAGGCAGCCGUAUCCUUCCUAUGGUUACGAACCCAUGGGUGGAUGGCUGCACCACCAAAUCAUCCCCGUGCUGUCUCAACAGCAUCCCCCGAGUCACACCACCCUUCAGCCUCAUCACCACAUCCCAGUGGGGCCAGCUCAGCAGCCCGUGGUCCCCCAGCAACCACUGAUGCCAGUUCCUGGCCACCACUCCAUGACUCCAAACCAACACCACCAGCCUAACCUCCCACCAACUGCCCAGCAGCCCUUCCAGCAGCCCUUCCAGCCCCAACCCGUUCAGCCACCGCACCACCAGCCCCUCCAGCCCCUGCAGCCCCUGCAGCCCCUCCAGCCCCUCCAGCCCCAGUCCACUCUGCACCCCAUGCAGCCCCUGCCCCCACAGCAAGCUCUGCCUCCAAUGUUCCCCAUGCAGCCCCUGUCCCCCCUUAUUCCUGAUCUGCCUCUGGAAGCUUGGCCAGCAACAGACAAGACCAAGCGGGAAGAAGUGGUGAGUAUACCAUGA